GAAGUCGCCUUCUUUUCUACAUUUCAGCGCCUUGUGGAUACACAAUGGUCCUCAUACUCGGCAUGGAAGGUAGCGCCAACAAACUUGGCGUGGGUGUUUCUCACGUUGUGCAACUCGUAAAGCGAGCUUUGGACGAGGCCAAGGUUACGCCCGAGGAACUCGACGCGAUAGCUUACACGAAGGUUGGUAAUUUAUGCCAAAGGAUUUGCGUUUUCUUCAUCCUCCCUCCCAACCCAGAAGAGGGUACUCCUGUAUGGAAGCACUGUUUCACCCCGAAUAAAUUUGAACAAAGCAAAGGCCACGAGGCUGGCAGGUUUUAG